CACAGCGUGGCGACCACCACCACCAGGCUCGGACGGAUUGGUAGUCUUGGCUCCAACAGACCUCCCUUUCACGCCUCCUCUUCCUCCCUCUCCUCCUCCUCCUCCUCCUCCUCCUCCUCAUCAUUCUGCAAACAUCUCUUCAUCCCCAAUCCCUACUUUCCACCCCUCGAGGAUCCUUCACCGUCAUCCCUCUACCAACUAAAUACUCCUAUGACUCUGAUAUAGUCUAUUUUCACUACCCCCUGAACCCCCUUUCCCCUCCCUCCCUUCCGUCUCAUUUCUUUUCUUACCCUCCCCAGCGACGAGUUUUCCUCCUUGUCUUAGGGGCCGUGACCACACCACCCUCCCUCAGCGUCGAGCGCCGUUCUCUGUGCCAUAUAUUUUGGAAUCACUUUUCAUCCCGAGAUAUAGCGGUUUCCUUUUUGAGGCUCUUCCUCCUCUCGCCCAGCAUGCGGGAGGUCAACUUCAGCAUCCCCAAUGUCAAUAAGGCCUCCGUCAACAUUACCACCACCCUCUAUGACCGACGGGCCCUCGACUGCACAUCCACCUUGCCUUUGAUCAACUCCCUGAAUCACCUAGCCUAUCUCACAACAUCCUCUGCCCGGAUUCGCGAUAUCCUCACCGUCGAUGGCGGUAUUGAAAGGCUUGUCUGCAUCCUCAAGGAGGGUCGGAGUAAUAAGUUGAUGGAGAUGUGGAAAUGGAGUCUCGCCUUUCAGUGUGUUGUGAACAUUGGAGUACGAGGCUCGGAGAGUGUCAGGACAAGGGUUGUUGAAGCGGAUAUGGUGCCUGUGAUCGCCACCAUCCUCGAUAAUUACAUCAAGGUGGUCGACAAAGUGCGCGCACGAUCGGAUUCCGAGGCUCAACGCCACAGACACCACCAUAAGACGGCCCCUACCACUGCUGAUGCAUCGGGUCGCGCGUCGUUCCUAGAUUCGUCCUCUACCGCCGAACAACGUACCUCUCGCCGUCAAGCGCCUCCUCCCCACAUUGAAAUCCCCCCUUUCUUCCAAGAUAAUCACACCGCCGACCCCAACGCCAUGGACGUAACAUCCUCUCCUCGCGUUCCGUUGACAUCUCCUCCCGAACGCAGCACGUUUGGACAGGAAGCCCACGGCCAUCGAUCGACUGCUGGUCAUCGUCACAGGGUAAUGCAGCCCCUAGCCACAGCUCUUCCCCCAAUGGAUGCUGCUGAUGGCUUUGGGUUGCGCCCGGUGCGUGAUACGGAAAGACUUCCGAGCAUGCUUUCCGGAAUCACAUCUCAACCUGAUUCCCCCACUACUCCUGGUGCCUCUGGACACCUUCGGGCUACGGUCCAAAGCACCCUCGGACGACAGCGCCCUGCCCUGAGACAGCACCAGUCUGCCUCCGGUGAAUCCGACGACGGAAAUGGAGAAGGAUCUACCAUGGGCGAUGAUGCGGUGUCCGCCGAAACAGCCGAGCCUAUUGUUGGACUUCAGAGUCGGAUGGAAAUUGAUGACGUUGCCGACAGACAAACCAUGCUGGAGAGCGUUUCUAAUACCCAUGACCUGACAGUAACCGAUCCCUCCGAGGGACAAGAAGCUGAAACCUUUAACAUCACGCACCGUUCCACCGUGGACGGCAGUAUCAUCAAUAACGACGCUACACAGCCUGAUGGCGCUCUGGGCCUGUCACCUACCCAGGCUGUUGCCAACGCCAACUCUCCCGCUCUCGUACCUAGUCCAUAUUCUCUGUACCUUCGUGAUCGUUCCACCAACACGCCUCAGAAUGUCCUAACUACGAUGCCCCGUGAGGAGGAUGUGUUGAUGUCCCUCCAACUUCUCGCUUACGUUUCUAAAUACUGCAAUCUCCGAUCUUACUUCCAACAUUCCCAUCUUGUGCCUAAACUCAAAGUCGACCGCGAGCUCCAAAUGCUUGAAGAAGGGGCCUCGCCGAUUGAGCCCGCUGAGGAGGAAGACGAGUACCUGCUCCCCGACGAUGUUAAUAUCUUCCCCCUAGUUGAAAGGUUCACCGUCCGCCACCAUUCUAAGGAUAUGCAGUAUUGGGCAUGCGUCGUCAUGAGGAAUCUCUGCCGCAAGGACGAAUCGAGAGGCGGUAUUCGACAGUGUGCAUAUUAUAAAUGUGGAAAGUGGGAAGAAUUCCAGCGGCAGUUUGCGAAGUGUCGUCGUUGCCGCCGGACGAAAUACUGCAGCAAAGAUUGCCAGAAGGCAGCGUGGGUUUACCACCGCCACUGGUGCCACACUACACCAUGAACGGAUGAAAUUGUCUUAUAUUCCUAAUGCAUACCGGCUUGCAUAGCGUCAUCUGCUUCUCUUUUUUCCUCUGUUUCUCUUCUUUUUUUUUUUUUUUUUUUUUGUGCAAAGGUCUCUCAUCUACCCGUGCAUGGCAUUUUGAACCUGGCGGCGUUCCUACAUUUCCCAAAGAUACCUUUUGUAUGUCAUCGCUUGCGAACGUUGUCUCUUUCCUUUUUGUUCCUCGGACCCUGUUUCAUUAAACCUGGGUUCAUCAGCCUGUUUCUUACUCAUACGAAUCACCUCUAGCGGUCAUGAAUAUGCGAUGUCAUCUUCAACCAUCUAUCUUACAUGUCUCUUUUUGUUUGUUUGUUUGGUUUUUUGUGUGUUUUUGGCUUUUGUUACCAGUACCAGGCUCUUAAUCCACCAUUGUCUUGAUGUCGGAC